AUGCAUAAUCCAGAUUUGUUGUUAUCGGAAUACGAUAAACAACAAUUUGCUCUGGUCGAGUUGGAGAAGUUACUGUCUUUGUGGGGGAAGAGCCUGAGCGACUAUCCGAAAAUGCCGAUUCCAGAAGAAAACAACAUUGGAUUGACAGAAAACAUGUUGAGAUUCGAAGAGUUGGCGUACGAUAAUGAAUUAUUGAAGGUAGAGCAUGAAACAUUGGUAACUCAAUUGACGGAUGAACAGAAGGUGGUUUACAACUCUGUUAUUAAUGAUAUUGAUUCUAAUGGAGGCGGAUUGACAGCGCAUUCUCGAUUUGCUAUACCACUCUCAGUGAAUGAAGAUUCCACCUGCAACAUCUCGCAAAGCAGUGACCUUUGCGAACUUAUAAUCAAGUGCAAAUUGAUAAUAUGGGAUGAAGCACCGAUGACACACAAAUACUGUUUUGAGGCUUUAGACAAAACCAUGAGGGAUAUAUUGAGAUUCACUGUACCUAGUAGUGAUCAGAAAAUAUUUGGUGGAAAGACAGCAGUAUUGGGCGGUGAUUUUAGACAGAUUCUUCCAGUUAUUCCAAAAGCAACGAGACCAAUGAUUGUAGGAGCCACUAUUAAUUCUUCAUACCUCUGGAGGAAUUGCAAGGUAUUGAGGCUCACGAAGAACUUGAGACUACUGAGCUUAGCUUCAAAUGAAGAUAGACAGACGGUUGAUUGGUUCUCAAUAUGGAUUGCAAACAUCAGAGAUGGGAUUACAGGGUUUGUAAACAAUGGAUUGUUUGAGAUCGAUAUUCCACUAAGGUUUAUGUUGAAGCGUGAACCUGAACCAAUUGCAACUAUAGUUAAAGCAUCUUCCCAAUGGCGAAGUAUGGAAUGCUAG